CUUACCUGAGGUACCAUCGCAAGAUCAACAACAGCGCUACACAAAACACAUUCUUGAAUCAGACGAUGGAUACGCAAAUCAUCUCUCCGGGCCCAGGUCCACACGACCUCGCCCGCCAAAUCCUCACGCACCAGAAUCCCAGCUACACGUUCUCCUUCAGCCCAUUCCUGCUUGCCUCACAUCGAUUUGGGAUCCCGCCCACGCGGCCAAUCUGCAAAGCAUACCUGCAAGGACACUGCCCCUUAGGAAAUGCGUGUCCCGAUCGCCAUGUCACGCCCAACAGCAACAGCAAUUUCAACAACCUGGUCUGCAAGCAUUGGCUGCGCGGCCUGUGCAAGAAAGGCGAGAGCUGCGAGUUCUUACACGAGUAUAACCUGAGGAAGAUGCCCGAGUGUAAUUUCUUUGUGCGCAAUGGGUAUUGCAGUAAUGGAGAUGAAUGCCUAUACCUACACAUUGAUCCGUCCUCGCGCCUCCCGCCCUGUCCCUGGUAUGAGCGCGGCUUCUGCCCUCUGGGACCCAACUGCUCAAAAAAGCACGUACGCAAGACUCUCUGCGAAUUCUAUCUGGCGGGCUUCUGCCCAGACGGGCCGAAAUGCAAGAAGGCGCAUCCGCGCUUCCCCACGGACCUACCGAAGCCAACGGUGAGGGUCGAGAAGACCCCCGAGGAAAUCGAGGAGGAGCAACGUGUGUUACGGGAGAAUGCUGAGAGGGAAGAGGAGCGGGAGAGGGAGAAGUAUGGAGCGACGGAAUCGGGAGGGCAAGGGGAGAGGGGGAGAGGGAGGGGACGGUGGUUUGGUGCGGGUAGGGGUGGGAGAGGUGGAGGGCUGGAUGGGCAGAGACGGCAGAGGGGUAGAGGGCAUUAUUAGGACUAUCAUCUUUAGGGCAAGGUUGAGGAUCCGGAUGUUUGGAAGGAUGGCGUUGGAAACACAAAAGAGUGGAACUAUUACAUUUAGGGUGGUUACUGGAGUUGAGAGAUACCCAGGGUGCUUUACAUUGCAACGAGGUUAAUUGUAAUAGUGUAACGGUACCCAAACAAAAUUCACGCCAAAUCAUGAAAAUCCUGUUGAUAAGAACUGGGUGCUUUUCCGUUGAAUGUCAGAGGAGGGAUUUCUAUUCCAAAUUAUUAGUCUGUCCGCAGGCUAGCAUUUCAAUCCUCUGAUUCCUUCCCAUGCACAGAAAUAUAGUCGCUGCCCCCAAACCCUCCCCUGCCUAUACUCCCUGGGCUCCCGGGACUCGUAGAUCUGCUUCCAUCUUCACUCGCGGUGAUCAAACUCCUUCCAAA